UUGGGCGAGCGCACCAGCGUAUUUUCAGUGCUUUCCUGUCAUUUCCCUGUUUUUUGACGGAGCGGCACUCGGUCUCCAGCAAGCAGCCCAAAGCGACGAAUUUUUCCAAAUGCGCAACACACCUGAUAAAAAGUGAAACUUUGAAAAUACAUACACGCGCACUAGUUCUAAUAGGAAACGAGUUAUAGUUUUGAAAUUGCGUGGACAGUUCUUUACUUUUGUUUUUAUGCGGUGAACUUUUGGAAAUACUUUUAGAAUUCAGAUGCCGUGGACAUGAGACCGUUUUAUUUGUUUUCCAAAACUGGAGAUGAAUAAGACGUUUGUGAAAGAGCAAGGUUGGCUUUAUGGUGUUUAAUGUUCAUUAUACUUUAUCGCAAAAAACGUGAUCUGAGAAAAUAACAUUUGGAGGGCCCCUGGGAACUCCGCAAAUGUCCUAGAAAGGAUGGGGCUGUCAUCAAAGUGCUGUGUGGCCCUACUCCUCCUGGGCUUCCUGACUGACCUCGCUUGGCCUUUGAACCCCAGUGACCCUAACGUAUGCAGCCUGUGGGAGAGCUACACAACCUCAGUGAAGGAGUCAUACGCCCACCCGUUUGACCAAGUGUAUGAGGAACCCUGUUCCGAUCCCUGGACCUUGUACAAGUGCACCCGUCACAGGAUAACAUACAAAAUAGCCUAUCGGCAGGCGGUCAGGAUGGACUAUCGCAAGAGGUACCAGUGCUGCCCUGGGUACUACGAGAGUGGAGAAAGAUGUGUCCCCCGCUGUACAAAAGAGUGUGUCCACGGGCGUUGUGUGGCACCAGACCACUGCCAGUGUGAGAGCGGAUGGCUGGGAGAGGACUGCUCCAUGGUGGCUUGUGAUGACAAACACUGGGGUCCUGACUGCAGACAACCCUGCAAGUGUGAGCACGGAGGCCGCUGCGAUGCUCUGACGGGCAAGUGCCAGUGCCGCCCGGGAUACCAGGGACCCAGCUGCGAGGACCCCUGUCCUCUCUUGACCUUCGGCCAGGACUGUCUGCAGCAUUGCCUGUGCGGAACUGGUGGCUCUUGUGACCCAGAGACCGGGGAGUGUCGCUGCAAAGAAGGUUUUACCGGCACGCUCUGUGAUAUAGCCUGCUCUGGGCGACGGUGCCGUGCUCGAUGUCCCUGCCAGAAUGGGGGUUUCUGCCGAGGGGAGGGGGUGUGCGUCUGUCCCCCCGGCUGGACGGGUCUGGUGUGCACAGAGAGAUGUCCGAAGGGCAGGUUUGGGGUGAACUGUACCAAUGAGUGCGUGUGUCACAACGGAGGGCUCUGUGACGUGCAGACCGGACACUGCCAGUGUGCCGCUGGCUUCACAGGAGACAGGUGCAGUGAGGAAUGCGCAGUGGGCAGCUAUGGGCAGGACUGUAAAGGCGUGUGUGACUGUGCCAACGGGGCUCGCUGCUAUAACAUCCACGGAGGCUGCCUGUGCGAGUCUGGGUUCCGGGGGCCGCAGUGCAGGGACAGGAUGUGUCCAGAGGGGAUGUAUGGCCUGCAAUGUGACCAUCAGUGCCUCUGCAAGAGAACUCACACACUGAGCUGCCAUCCAAUGAAGGGUGACUGCACCUGUAAGCCAGGCUGGUCGGGGCUGUACUGCAACGAGACUUGCCCACAGGGUUACUACGGCGACGGAUGCCAGGAGACUUGCCUGUGUCUGAACGGAGGCACCUGUGACAGUGUUACUGGCCACUGCCAAUGUGCCCCUGGUUAUACGGGGGAGCACUGUGAGAGUUACUGUCAGAGAGGCACGUUUGGUAAAAACUGUUCGCUCCAGUGUUCCUGCACCAACUCGCUGGCCUGCUCCCCCAUUGAUGGCACCUGCUUCUGCAAAGAGGGAUGGAAAGGUUUGGACUGUUCCAGCCCAUGCUCCAGGGGAAGCUGGGGCCCAGGCUGCAAUGGCACGUGCCACUGUGCCAAUGGGGCAUUGUGUAAUCCGACAGACGGCACCUGUAAUUGCACUGCAGGAUGGAAGGGGGCGCUGUGUGACCAGCCAUGUCCGGAGGGCACGUACGGUCCAGGCUGUGGGCAGAGGUGUGACUGCCUCCACGCAGAUGGCUGUGACAGGACCAGCGGACAGUGCCGGUGUCUGCCAGGCUGGACGGGGCCUCGGUGUGCUCAGCACUGUCAAGAGGGUUCUUGGGGACACCACUGCAACCAGAGCUGCUCCUGCCUAAACAGCGCCACCUGCCAGACAGACAAUGGGAACUGCAUCUGCACGCCCGGGUACUGGGGAGUGCAGUGCCAGCACAUGUGCCGUGCCGGUGUGUAUGGUGCCCAGUGCAGCUUGCCGUGCCCGCCAUGUGCUUCUUCCUUCCCCUGCCAUCACAUUACGGGGGAGUGUCAGUGUAACCCAGGGUACACCGGACUCCUGUGUGACCAAGUAUGCCCUCUAGGUCAUUAUGGGAGGCAGUGUGCUGGAGUGUGUCGCUGUGCCAACAACUUCACAUGUCACCAUGAAGAUGGUCUCUGUCACUGUACCCCAGGCUGGACAGGGCUGGACUGCUCCCAGCCAUGCCGUGCCGGGACGUUUGGCCUAAACUGUGCCUACACCUGUUCCUGUCCGCCCAACACUAGCUGUGACCCCUACUCUGGAGCGUGUGUGUGCGCCUCAGGCCAGGGGACCGACUGCCUUCCAGACAGGGACGUGAACCUGAUGGUGCCGCUGACGCCGGUGGAACGGGUGUCCUGGGGGGCCAUCGUCGGCAUCGUGCUGCUGCUCGUGCUGGUGGUGGUGCUGCUGGGGACACUGCUGGCCUACCGCCGGAGGCUGACGGACAAGCAGAGCCGCGAGCCCACCGUGGCCUACUCCGCCACCCACACUGUCAACUCCGAGUACGCCGUGCCAGAUGUCCCACACAGCUAUUACCAUUACUACACCAACCCCAGCUACCACACACUGUCCCAUAACCGACCCCCUCUGCCCCACGUCCCAAACAACCUGGACUGCUCUCCUACCCUUAUCAAGAAGACCAAUAACCAGCUGUUCUGCAACGUGAAGAACGUGGAGAGGGAGCGUCUGGGGCUGUUUGGGGCGGAGUGCAACGCCACACUGCCCGCUGACUGGAAGCACGAUGAAGCACCCGCUCACAAGAACCAAGGUGCUUUUGGACUUGACCGCAGUUACAGCUACAGUUCCAGUUUAGGCAAAUACUACAACAAAGAGCUGUCGAAGGACUCCCCUGUGGCAGUCAGCAGCAGCUCCCUGAACAGUGAGAACCUCUAUGCCACCAUCAAGGACCUGCCCACGCUGCUGCCGCGCCCACUGGAGAGCAGCUACAUGGAGAUGACUCCACUCGCCAGGCGGGAGAGGUCCUACGCGGAGAUCAGCCUACCGCCUCCACCCCCCAUCCCCUCCCACAGGGAUUGCUGGUCCCUUGGAAACGUCUCAGAGCAGGAGUCCCAGAGUCACUAUGACCGUCCUGUCAACAGUCACAUUCCAGGACACUACGACCUCCCUCCUGUCCGCCGCCCGCCCUCCCCCAAACCACGGAGACUCCCACACUGACAACAGCCUCACCGAACUGUCACAGAGAAGCACAGUGAAACACAAAUCCAUAUUUCGUAGUUCGACGGUGUCAUUUCAUGUCAUUACAAUAAGUAGAAAUCGGGAGCUAAGUGAAUUUGGGAUGGGUUUGGGAGUGUGACUGACAGCUUAGUUGACCAUUCAGGCCUGGAGAACCUUCAUCAGAUCCCCUGGCGAUACUCUGCCCAUGACUAUUGUUUUUUAUUGUCUUUUUAUUGGUAAACGGGCACUGUCAGUUGUUCUUCAGCCAUGUCUCUGGUUAGAAUGUCACUUACCAAUGAAUGUAUGCCAGCAUGUGUUUUGUAUAUAA